GUGGCGCUAUUUACUUCCCGCGUGGUCUGCUGGCGCGGCUGGGGUUGUUUCCAGAUUAGGUCUACCAGAUUUUGAAGCAAUUUUGACUGUAAAAGUUGAGAAUUAAGUGCAUUUUGAAGCAUGUUGCGAGCUUUAGGAUCACGAAUGCGUGAGGCUGCUAGUGUAGCAAGCUUGGCAGAGUUGCAGUAUCAUCCAAGUCUAGCUAAACUCUACAGCACCACCCCUACAUCAGCAAAAGCCCCACCCAUCACUAAGAUCUCCUCCAGCUUGACACUGCAGAAGGCUCCGGCCAUUACAGAUGGACAAGAGUCUAAACAGCGCCCUCUUGUGCUCAUAUUGAGUUGGUUGUUGGCUAAGCAACGACAUUUAGACAACUUUGUGUCAUUCUACACAAGUCGAGGUUGUGAUGUGCUGACGGUGCGAAUACGUCCCUUGCAGAUAAUGCUUCCAACCAGAGGGUCAAAGGUCAUCGCUAAAGACGUGGUGGAGUACCUACAGCGUGAAGAGAUACGUGAUCGUAAGAUCCUUGUGCAUAGCUUCUCGGUCGGUGGGUACCAGUACAGCGAGGUUCUGCAACAGAUGUUAGCUGUCCAGUCCGAGUCCAAGGAGAUAACAAGUCGAAUCAUCGGACAAAUAUACGACAGCCCCGUCGAUUUUAAUGAAGUGCCUAUAGGAAUGUCGAAGGCAUUGCUAAAGAACCCCCUCUUACAAAAGACCUUGCAUAUGAGUCUAGAUUCCUAUCUUCGUGUGAUGUAUCGACCCGUCACUCAGCAUUACCUCCGGAGCUCAGAUGUCUUCUUUCACAAUCCAGUCCCCGCCCCUUCCCUCUUCUUCUACUCCCACACUGAUCUAGUCGCGACAGCUGACGCUAGCCAGCGAGCAAUCGCCUCCCUCCAGAACAAGAUGGGGUACAAGAAUGUCUACAGCAAAUCAUUUGAAGAUUCCCCUCACGUCAGCCACAUGUACAAACAUCGUGACGAAUACAUGGAAGCUCUGAUGAAAUUCCUAGAAGGCAUCGAGUACUUCAACGAGGCUUUGGAGGAACACAAGGACAAGCCAGAUUUGGUCAGCGAAGAUAUGAAGGGCAAAGUUGUAGAAAUGUAGUAGGGUCAAAUACCAAUGAAUCCUGGGUUUCUGGUUUGUGAAGUGUGUUGGUGACAGGGUGGUGGCCACGUAAGGUUUUUGGUUACUGGGAAAAUAGAGUACUGUCUAUGAAUGAUAAAUUAUUGGCAGUUUGGGCAGAUUUAAAAUUUCCAAUUAUUUAUGCAAAUAGAUUGGUGCUCCAUGUUUGAAAUGUUGGCCUACGUAUCUGGCAUUUUAGAGAGUUUAUAUGUAAAUUUUACACCUACAAAUUGAAGUCUUUUUUUAGGCGGGAGUCUUCCAAAGAUUAUUGACUUGCGUCGAACAUUUCUUUUAUUUGUACAUUUUACACCUACAAAUUAUAGUCUUUUUUUUAGUCGGAAGUCUUUCAAAGAUUAUUUGCUUGUGUGUCUGAAGUUUUGUUUUUUUAUUUUCAAAUUUUCUUUUUCGCCUUGAUAUUUAUAUUUCAAGAAGUCUUUAAAUCUAAGCAAUUUGGUUUACCCGCUCAAUGUUGAGUGAUUACUGAGGCUGUGCUUUCAAUAGAAUUUUUUUUCUCAAUGUAUAAAAAAAAGAUCAUGGAUUUGUAUUGAAGACUUACAUUUUGAUUUACUCUUGCCAGCACUAAACUUAAUCUGGUAAAACAUUCAAAAGGUUUCACACCAGUAACAAUUGGCAAACAAACUAUAGAUGUAAUGCUCUUUUUAUACCUUAUGCACUAACCUUUCUUUCUUUUUACUUCCACUAAAAUCAUAUUUUUUAACACAGUUAUAACACAAAAUAUUACAUUGACGUCAUUUUCACAUUAUUUUGCAUGUAUAUAAACAUUGUCUUGUCUAAAGUCACUAUAUAAUCAUGUCAUGGCAUGUAAUCAUAAUUGUAUUGCAUGUUGCAAUUUAUAAAAAUGACAGUAUUGAAACAAGAUUUUUAUCUCAAGAGAUUUUGUACACAGAUUUAUUCUGCCUACAGCUUUACUUUUUCCCACCAAAUUAAGAGUUUAUGAUGAUUUACCACAGCAAGUUGGAGCAUGUUUUAUUUGUGUGAAACAAAGCCUUUAUAUGUGUGUGCACUGUAACCAAAGACUAAGACCAAAACCUUGAGAUGAACUCGGCAAUUCAUGAAAUUUACGUUUAGUUCAACAUUGUUCAUUUAUUUCAAUAAUUUGUGAAAUUAUCCACUGAUUAUAACAUUCACAAAAUGUGAUGUUAACAAUGUAGGGAUGUAAACAUUCCUCUCAUAAAACUCAACUUGAUGUUUGUCAAUCUGGAUGAAACAUGCAUACUGUUUCCUGCAUUCACACUAUUAGCGAAACUGGGCGGAGAACUUUAAUAAACAGUAAGUGAUUGCAUGUCAAUUUUUUAUAAUUUAUACUUGUACAUUGUAGGUAACGUGGAAAAGAUUGUGUGGUCGAGAUCAGAAAGCAUAGCCAUGUCCAAACCAAGUGUUCUUUGGCUAUGGCUCUACGUUUGCCAUUGAUAUACAUGUACUUUGGUGAAUAGCAGUAGCCAUAAUAGACAACAAUACGCAUUUUGGACACUUGCAGCCCGAGAUUCUGUAAAAACAAUAUGCAGACUUUCUUCCGAAAGUUUGCUGAACA